CGGGCGGACCGCGGGGUGAGGAUCAUGUGUAGUCCACGCGCCGAAACUAGGUUACAGAGAGCUGCAGAGCAGGACAGAGCUGACAGAGACCAGGGAGCCGCUCGCGUUAUUUCAGAGGUGUUUAAUCACAGCUGCACGCCUGAGACUGCGCGGAGAAGACAAGAAAGUCAAUAACUGAGACACGCGUAGCUUUUAUUAUUAGUAUUAUUAUUAUCAUUUCUCUUUAAGGUCGAAGCGGCUGAUGUAAAGGUAGAAAAUCCAUAUGAGGAUUUGCUGUUGUGACAGUUUUCAGCUGCUCCGGUUUGGAGCAAAUAAGUGCGCGUCGCUCUCUCAGUGUUUCUUGGCUUCGUCUCUACCUGGAGUUGCAUGACUUGAAGAGUUGAGACUACAAUUCACCGCCGACAUGAGAGCUCAAAUAGAGGUGAUACCCUGUAAAAUCUGUGGGGACAAAUCAUCAGGGAUCCACUAUGGUGUCAUCACCUGUGAAGGCUGCAAGGGCUUCUUCCGACGCAGCCAGCAGAACAAUGCUAUGUACUCCUGCUCACGACAGAGGAACUGUCUUAUUGACCGGACCAACCGUAACCGCUGUCAGCACUGCAGGCUGCAGAAGUGUCUCGCUCUGGGCAUGAGCCGUGAUGCGGUCAAGUUUGGUCGUAUGUCCAAAAAGCAGCGUGACACCCUGUAUGCAGAGGUCCAGAAGCACCAACAAUCCCAAGAGUGUGCAGGGCUUGGUGUCCUUGAGGAGAAUAGCGACAUGGCCGACCAUGACUGCACCUACAGAAGAGGCUCCAGCACCGCGCUCAGCGAUCUGGACGAUAUCACCACACUGCCAGAAGGCCUGCUUUUCGACUUGCCUCUGACCCCAGAGGAUGCAGGUCCAGACUACUGUAACCUGGACAUGCUGGGCGGCAGUGCAGGCAGCAGUUCAUCCUCACAGAGUUCACCAGAACAGACCAACUUGGACUUUGUAGACGGCAACCACGGCAUCAAGCAUGAGUACCAGUUGUUACAUGACUCUGGACUCUUCUCACAUGCUAUCUUCAACCCGCUGCCUGAGGGCUGCUCCCUGCUCGAGAUAGAGCGUAUAACUCAGAGUGUGUUGAAGUCCCAUAUGGAGACGAGCCAGCACAGCACAGAGGAGCUGAAGAGAAUGGCGUGGACUUUGUAUAGCCCAGAAGAGACACGCUCAUACCAGACCAAGUCAGCUGAGGUGAUGUGGCAACAAUGUGCCAUACACAUCACCAAUGCAAUCCAGUAUGUGGUAGAGUUUGCCAAGCGCAUCUCUGGCUUCAUGGACCUCUGUCAGAACGAUCAGAUUAUCCUCCUCAAAGCAGGCUGCAUGGAUGUUCUUCUGAUCCGUAUGUGUCGGGCCUAUAACCCCAUCAAUAAUACAUUUCUCUUUGAUGGGAAGUUUGCCACUGCUCACCUCUUCAAAGCUCUUGGCUGCGAUGACCUUGUGAAUGCAGUGUUUGACUUAGCUAAAAGCAUGAGUCGUAUACAGAUGACUGAGGAAGAGAUGGCUCUCUUCAGUGCUGCUGUGCUGCUCUCACCUGACCGACCCUGGCUGACAGAUGUGCAGAAGGUCCAGAAGCUGCAGGAGAAAGUCUACAUGGCCUUGCAGCGCUGCUUACAAAAAGAGGGAGCAUCAGAAGAGAAACUCGCUAAGAUGGUGUCUAAGCUUCCCAUCAUGAAGUCCAUUUGCAACCUUCACAUCGACAAACUGGAGUUUUUCCGUCUGGUUCACCCUGAGACAGCAUACACCUUUCCUCCUCUGUACAGGGAGGUUUUUGGCAGUGAAAUCACCUUCCCAGACUCCACAGAGGGCUACCACCAUUUUGUUAAACAGGGUGAUUCAAACAGAGACAUUGAGGUGUAGGGAGGGGGAGAUAAAAAAAAAAUGUGGCAACCAGCUGAGGCAAAACCAACCAGCAGCUCUUUGACAAUCCUACACGCUACACUUAAAGACACACUCCUCUCACCUCCCGCCUUGCAAGCUAGUCCAUUCAGCUUCAGAGUAAGACUACAGGAACUGCUGCUGGGUACUCAGUGCAUGUUACCUCUUUUUUACAGAGUUAGAGAAGUUCUUAAAGAGUAGCCUACAUAAUUUGUAUCCUCAAAACUAUUUUUCUAUGACGAGACCUUAAACCUCUCAUCAUGUGGAAUUCCUUUCUAAUAUAAAUUCGACUUUCACCUUUCUCACAGUUCCUGUAAGCUAUUCUUGAAUGUAACCCCUUUCCCCUUAACCGUUCAGCACAGCCCAAGGCUUGAUAUAGAAUGUACAUAUUUAAAAAUCCUCAGCCACUUUGUGGAGAUUUUGCAGUAGUGAUGCCUGUUUCAGUCGUUAGUCUAUUGUUUCAUUCAAUAUUUUUAGUAGCGUCCAUAUUUUGCAGUUUUGUAACAUAUGAACAAACUGUUUAAAGGGACCAUGAUCAAACUCACAAACAGACAGGGUUUUUUUUUUUACUGUGUGAAUCAUGGAAAACCAUGGACCUACAAAACAUAGCACUUAUUCUGAGCUUUGUAGGUAUUUUUACUAGCACACUCUCGGACACUGAUAUAAGUGAGCUCUUUUUUUUUUCUUCUUUUUUUUAUGCAAUCAGUGACCUCAACCCUAAUACCUUUUCCCUUUACAAAUGCCACUGAGAAACAGUGAGAGAAUCACAGGAGUAUUGUGAAAGUAUUUUCAGAUAUUCCUUUUUCAUAUAUAUAUAUACACACACACACAUAACACCUAUAUAAUCAUGACAGACAUGAGCAGUCAUGUAUUGAUCCAAAAUGAGGAGCAGGGUAAUUUUGUGCUUGUGCUCAGGUCUCUCAAACAGAUACUGCCUGCCCAAACGUUGGGGUUCUGGGAUGGAAAGACUGUUGUUGCUGAAGAGAAAUUCUAGUUGAUAAUUAGCACUUAUACGUCCCUGUUAGAGUCCAAAAUGAACUCUUGGAGCAAGAUUUUACGGGUUUGCACUCAGACUGCCAUCUGUGAAACUUAUGUUUAAACCAGUCAGAAAUGCUAGAUACACCCUCCCACUGUAGAUAAGCUGUGCGAAAAAGGUGUUGGACAGCAGACUACUGUGGAGGUUUUUGUGCUCUUGUGGAGGAGCAUCUGGAACUGUCACACCAUCGGCUACCCUUUGCAGAGGAGUGCCAUCGCCCUAAACCAUCCAGCAGCAUCUCAACCAGCAGGUUCAAAAAGACUUUUGGAGUAAAGACAAAAAAUGAACUGAGAUUUUGUUGUUGAAAUGUGAGUUAUCACAUUGUUACCUACAUGCUCGGAUGAAGGGCAAAGAAUGGACACUGGACAGGUGUGUGAAGGUGUUUUAAGCUCCUCAGACAUCAGUUAGAGGGGAUUUACUGUCUGCGCCAACUCUCACUGCUUUGGGGUCAGUCAGACCGUGCUGUCGCAGCCAGCAGAGGUGUUCUGAUUUGACAUUUAAAUCCUCUGUUCCUCUUUCCCCACUCCCUUACUACCUCACCCUCUUCAAACACUACAUGGCACAGCAAAGGGUUGACAGAGCCAUCAGCUACCCCCCUGAGUUAGUAGUUUCGCAUUCAUACUACUAGAGUGCUUCUUUACAAAUAUAACAAUUAGAAGUGAGAUUUGAACUAUUCUAAAUUAUAUAUAUUUUUUAUGCUCUUUAAACUGGAGAGAAGACAAAACUGGUUCUACUACUACUACCUAUCUCCUUAGAUCUUCUGUCUUUUAAGAGCACUUCAUGCCUUUGGGUCCAGGAAGUCCUACUUAGAUACAGAUCUGUGUGGAGAAAGGUCUCUUGCAACACGCAAGUGUGUGUUCAGAUUAAACCUUUUUCUUCAAAGUAGGGGGACGGAUUGGAUUUCUGUACAAAAAAACAAAAAACAAAAACAGUAUCUUUCUACCAGUGUCCUAAAGAAGCUGCUAGAAAAGACUAUUAGUGAUCAAAGAAAACAGCCAGAUUUGCUUUGCACUGCUGGGACAGUGCUGUUCGCCAUACAGUUUAUUAUCUCACAUAGUAUGAAGGGGUAUUACCCUUUUCUGGGUAUGUACGACAGUGGCAUAGUGGGAUUGUGCAAUAAUGUCUUUCCCAUUGUUCUCAGUAUGUUGGGCUUUUGUUGCCAUGUAUUACAGUUUUUUUUUCAUAAGCACCCCAGCACAGUUAACCUUGCAGCACAAGAAAUAAUGCUAUUAAGAAUAUGAUGUACCAAAUAUACAGCCAACCACUACACAAGUCAGCUGACGUGGCCAGAUGACAAUUACAGAUUGUAACAAAGUGUAAUACUUUAGGCGUCGAGUCCUAGAAAGUUAUGCAUGCUGAUUUCAAAAGAGUCAGUUUACUUUAUAGUUUUUGCAGGCCUAAAAGCUGUCCAGGGGGCAGUACUUAAGAUCUGCACGUACAUUUCUGUUUAGAGUUACUCAGGGAGAUAGCUGGGCUCUCUGUCCUACAGUGUCUGCAGUUAGUCUAGUUGACAAGACACCUUGCACCAACAUAGAAGACCUUAAAACCUUUAUCACUGUGUACAGUAUAUAUGUUCUUGUCAAUGUUUGAUUUCAGAAGUAUCAAAGAUUUUACCCCUGUCUAAUAUCAUUAUUGCAAGACUUUUUUGAGUUUGAGUCAUAGAUGAAAUAGGAUAUUAAAAAGUAAAUAUAGUAAAAAAAAAAUAUAAAAGAUGGAUUAUAAUCUCUGAAUCUUGCGUUGGUUUUGUUGUGAUCUUUUGUUUCUUCAUUUUUAUCCCUAUGUACUGUUUUUUUUUUCUCAUCAGUUUAGUGUCCUUUUUGUCUUGGAGAGAUGUAAUUCUAUUUUUUUAAAGAGCGUUUUUAAAGAUGUCUCCAUAAAAGUUUCUCUUUUGUCAUGAUCCUUCUGUUUAUUACAUGUUCAGACUAUUUUAAAAUUAUUAUUAUUAUUAUUAAAUCAAUAUAGAUUUUAAUAAGAAAUAAUUUAUGAUAUGUUAUGGAUAUAAAGCCCAAGAGGUUUUAACACAGUAAUGUGUUAUUGCACAAUGGUGAUACAAUAUGUGGAUUUAAGAAUGUAAUAAAAGUCUUUUUACAAUGAAAUAAA